GGAAGCUGAUGAUCCCACAGCCGUCAAGUUUUACCGCAAGUCACAUGGGUUUUUCAAAGAUAUCGAGGCCAGCAGGAAUUUAUUGGCUGAGCAGACGCAAACUAUGCUGGUCGAUCCACUCAACGACUACAUCAAGACCACAUUCAGCGAAUUCAAGGAGGGGAAGAAGACGUAUGAGAAAAUUAGCGCCGACUUGGAGACCGCGUCCAACAAAUAUGCGAGUGCUUCACUUAAGAAGCCGGAUGAGAUCAAGAUGGCCGAAAAUGUCUACGAAGCCACCGAGAGUAUAUACAAGUUCAUGUCAUUGGACUACACCUAUCAAGUAAACUGCGUCACGGCUAAGAGGCGGUAUGUGAUCAUGGACAGGUUCGUGCAGAUGAUGUUUGGCUACAUGACGUUCUACCGCCAAUGUGCGGAAACGAUAAAGGAGAUGGAGCCGUUCAUGCGAGACCUCAUGGGUAUGAUUUGUGUGGCCUUAGAUUAA